GGCGCGUGCGAGGGCGGAAACGGGGAAGACGACGCCCGUGAUGCUUGCGCAGUUCGCGUCGAGGGCGCUGUGGAGGAGCAGCGCGACGCGGAAGAUCAGGUCGCGUCGAGGGCGCUGUGGAGGAGCAGCGCGACGCGGAAGAUCAGGUGCGACAG